UUGUUUACAAAUUGACGUCACGACACCCUGGAUACGCCAUGGCCGACGAAGUAGACGAAUAUGAACUGGAGAAAUUAAGAGCAGAAAUUCUACAAGAACGUCAGAUGAAAGAAAUGCUGGAUCAAUCUGCAAAAGAGCUUCGUAUAACAGUUGAAGAACUGGAAAAAAGAUACGAGGCCAUUGAAAAUGAAGGCAAUGAGUGGAAGACAAGGUUUGAGACGCAAGAGGAGAUGAACCAACAGUUGGAACGGCAGAUCAUCAUGCUGCAGGACAAAAUAGAGGAGGCGAAACGCAAUCUGAAGGAUGUAUCACAGGAAGCGUCAGCGAGAGCCUAUGUGGAAGGGCGAGCCCCAAGCCCACGUGCAGGUGCUGAUUCGCCCAAAUCUAAAUCCACAGGGAUAACAAUUAACAUUUCUGUAUCCCCACAAGCUGGCAAGACUCCGCGUGAUGCCAAGUCAUUUGAUGAUCUAUCAGACGCCAAUCCAGCUAUGGUCAAGACCAUGGAGAAAGAGAAAGCGUUGCUGUACAACCAGCUCAGAGACCUUGAGUGGAGGCUAGAUCAGGAAUCAAAGGCCUACCACAAAGCUAAUGAUGAAAGGAAGCAAUACGUUUUGGAGAUCAACACCACAAAAGGCAACAUAGAUGGAAACAAAGCCCGACAGCGCGCGGCAGUAGGAGUGCAGCAGCGUGAGGCGGAUGAAUUGUCAAGGUCGCCAAGGCUGAUGGGUCCCAGUCGCCUGGGGGAUCGCAGUCGCCGGAGCUCGUACUCGUACUCCAUAUCGAAUAUGGGCUCUAGAGUGCCCAGUCUGAGCAAUAUACCAGAAGACCAGAGGAUUCUAGACCCAAGGAAGGGGCCAAUCAAAAAGACAGCAGCGGUGAAAAAUCUACCAAGUCUGGACCUACACGAGACCUGAAUAUCAAAAUCGAGCAUUUAAUUCGAAAACAUGGUACUUCUGGUCAAAAAGCGGAGAAGUAAUGUGGAUUAUAUGAUUACAUUAGUACUACGCCGAUCGAUCAAUAUCAGCAAUGUUUAAUCAGAAAAUAUAUAUUAAAAAUUGUAGAUACUGAUCAUUUCUUAGCCUUGGGUGUUUAUGCUCGUUUAUUAAUUUACGUGUAGAUAUUGAAUCAUGUUUUCAUCAGUUUUCUUUGGAAAUAGAAAAUGUGGCUGCAAAUGUUUAUAUGAAUGUUAGCAUGUACCUCCACGUUUGAGUGUCGAAACCCUUAAGAAGAGUGAACACAUAACCAAAGACAAUUUUAUAAUGAAAAUAAAUGACAAAAUUGCAUCCAUAAUUUCUGCAUUUUAAGUAAAUUAUAUUUGUUGCAUCCUGUUUUAUCUUUAUUAUAUGUAAAAAUCAUAUAUGAUAUCUACAGUAUAUAUAUUUUUCAUUAAGCACGUGUGCGACAUUUUUUAUAAAUUAUUUUAUCAUAACUGCCUGACACGAGGAUGUAUAUCUUCGUUUUGGGUCGUCUAACAUUCCAAAGUGUUUAUUUUGUGUAUAUUUAAGAAAUAUGCGUGCACUGAUGGCGUAACUGUUAAAUAUUUUUAACUCAGAAAUAGUUCUUUGUUACAUGAAUGUACAUGAGUGCUAUUCAUAAUAAAGAUGAAUACUUUAUCAUUCAUAGAUUUUAAAUUCAGCCUCCUCUGGUGAAAACAAACGUCUGUAAAAGUUUAAGUCUACAAACCUCUGAAGAGUAUGGCGUACAUGUUGUUUUUCGAGAUUAAUAUCGAUUUGCAUGUAUGACAAUAACGGCGUUAGACUGUCUGUGUUUUUGCUUGAAUUUUGGGUACAUGUUUUAUUCCCCCCUUCGAAGAAGAGGGGGUGUAUUGUUUUGCUGGAUGUCGGUCCAUCGGUCUGUCGGUAGACCAGUUCGUUUCCGAUCAAUAACUCGUCAACGGAUUGACCGAUUGGCUUGAUACGUUACAGGAUCAUUGGCCUUGGACAGAAGAUGACCCCUAUUGAAAUUGGGGUCACUAGGUCAAAGCCACUGUCACAAUAAGUGUGAAAAUCGUUUCCGAUCAAUUACUCUUCAACGAAUAUACCGAUUAGCCUAUACUUCUCGUGUAAAUUGGCCUUGGACAGUUGAUGACCGCUAUUGAAAUUGGGGUCACUAGUUCGAUUGUCAAGGUCACAAUUAGUGUGAGAAUUGUUUCCGAUCAAUAACUCAUCAACUUAUUGACCGAUUGGCUUGAUACUUUACAUGUGAAUUAGCCUUGGACAGUUGAAACUUGGGGUCACUAGGUCAAAGGUCAUGGUCAACGUCACAAUAAGUGGGAAAAUCGUUUCCGAUCAAUAACUUGUCAACAAAUUGACCGAUUAGCUGUAUGCAUCCUAUGUGAAUUGGACUUUGACAGUAGAUGAACCCUAUUAAUAUUGGUUACUUUCACAGUAAGUGUCAAAAUCUUUUCUGAUCAACUUGUCAACGAAUUGACCGAUUGGCUUGCUACUUCACAUGUACAUUGGCCUUGGACAGUAGAUGACCCCUAUUGAGAUUGGAGUCACUAGUUCAAAUCAAAGCCCUGUUUGAGAGAGGGGAUGGGGCAUAUGUCUCCGACAGCGGAUCUCAUUUUUUAGUUUGUAAUAUUUCGUACUUCCAUAUAAUUCUGAAUACGAUACGUUUGGCAUUUUGCCACCUUUUAAUAUUGUGAUACUUUAUUGUUAUUGUUUAUAUAUGCUUUAUUAUUCUUUAUAUUUUAUUACAUAAAUUAAAUGUUGAAGAAAAUGAA